GUUUUGCUGAAGCACCGGUUGAACAUUUAAUAGAAGCACCAUGUGAAUGUAUUCUGGAAGCACCAGGCGAACAUGUAAUAGAAGCACCGGGCAAACAUGUAAUAGAAGCACCAGGCAAACGUAUCCUGGAAGCACCGAGCGAACAUGUAAUGAAAGCACCAGGCGAACAU